AUAUUAACUGUUUAUAACGCUUCAUAUAUUGAUGUAUUACACAGUAGCUCUACUAUGGCAUCUUACUCGCUUUGAGUCACGCUCCAGUGGCAUUUUGUCUGUGCGAUGAGCACCUGCCUGUAGAAAGUAACGCCAUCACGGUAAAAACAGUUGGAGGAGAGAGGGGGAUAGAAAGAGAGAGAGCAAGGGAGAGAGAGAGAGACGGGGAAGAACAGAUCGGUUGGAUAUGGACACUACACGUACUGCAGUCGCUCUGAGUAGAAUUCUAUGCUAGAACGUCCGUCUGUCCCGAACUGGAAAAGUGUGCUGAAUUCUGAAAGGGCAUUUUUGACAACUAUAACAACAUGUUUAGACCUACUCCGUGCUGUAUAGGGCAGCUGGCGUGCUGCUGUGGCUCGGCAGCCUGCUCCUGUUGCUGUGGCUGCUGUCCUAAGAUCAAGCAGUCCACAUCAACACGCUUCAUGUAUGUCCUCUACUUCCUCCUGGUCACCAUUGUCUGUGUCGUCAUGAUGUCACCUACUGUGGAGCAGGAGAUGAGGGACCAUAUCCCAUUCUACAGUGACCUGUGUGAGAAGCUGAAGGCUGGUGAGAACUGCUCUACCUUGGUAGGUUACUCUGCUGUGUACAAGGUCUGCUUCGGCAUGGCCUGCUUCUUCUUCUUCUUCUGUAUCUUCACCCUACGAGUCAACUCUGCCACCGGCUGCCGCGCCGCCAUACACAACGGGUUUUGGUUCCUGAAGUUCAUUGCGUUGUUGGCCUGCUGUGUUGGAGGAUUCUUCCUGCCACAGCAGGACACCUUUCUGGAAGUGUGGAGGUAUGUUGGAGCUGUAGGAGGGUUCAUCUUCCUGCUGAUCCAGCUCAUGCUGCUGGUGGAAUUUGCUCACAGAUGGAACACUAACUGGAGUUCAGGUGUGAACAACAACCGUCUGUGGUAUGGAGCGCUGGCCAUGGUCACCUUGGUGCUGUUCAGUGUGGCAGUAGGAGCUGUGGUGUUCAUGGCUCUGUUCUACACACACUCUCAGGCUUGUCUGCUCAACAAGGUGUUCCUGGGGGUCAACGGCAGCCUCUGUCUCAUAGUCACCCUGCUGGCUAUAUCGCCCUUCAUACAGAGAAUCCAGCCUAAGUCAGGCCUGCUCCAGCCAGGAGUGAUCAGUGUGUACGUCAUGUACCUCACCUUCUCAGCCUUCUCCAGCAAGCCCAAAGAGAUGUUGGAGGUUAAUGGGGUGAAUACGACAGUGUGUGUGUUCCCCUUCAACUCUGGAUCAGAGAGCGACAAGAGGAUUGUAUCAAUAGUGGGAACUGUCAUCAUGUUCGGCUGUGUGCUCUACUCCUGUUUGACGUCCACCACCAGACGAAGCUCUGCAGCACUGCGCGUUUGUAGGAACAGCAUGCCUGAGACUGAGAGAGCUCGCUGCUGUUUCUGCUUUGGAGAUGACACAGAUGACUAUGAUGAGGAGAAGACUGCAGGAGGCCAAAACGUUCUGUAUGAUGAGAGAGAGAAAACCAUCUACAGCUACGCCUACUUCCACUUUGUCUUCUUCCUGGGUUCACUGUAUGUCAUGAUGACCGUCACCAACUGGUUCCACUAUGAAAACCAUAAGAUAGAUAAGCUGCUGGAUGGCAACUGGUCAGUGUUCUGGAUCAAGAUGGCGUCCUGCUGGGUCUGUCUCAUCCUCUACAUGUGGACCCUGGUCGCGCCCAUGGUCUGCCCCAAACGCUUCGAGGCCUAACACACUGAAACACAGCGAAAGACCUUCAGCUUUCUACAUGGGUUUUUUGUGUUGCUUUUAGUGUUUUUUAUUUCCUUAUUUUUUCUUUUUUUUAACCAGUUAUACAUAGUUGAUAUGGUUAAGCUAUUGUUGCCUUGUUACAUGGAGUUUUUUGUUACAUGCAGGGUUGGAAUCACAAACUGACUCUUCGGGGUGCCUAAAACAAUGGGCUGGACCAAUGCUUAUACAGUCAUUUAUGUGGCUUCACAUGGUCAUAGUGGUGCCCUGAUUCUGUUAUGGGAGUGCCUGCCCAGCAUCCCUCAGCACCAAUGUCAUUUGAACCCUGUUUACAUGUUUGCUUACAUUUGUGAUUUUUACGCGUGCGACGCAUCUCUGUUUUCCCAUGAUGGACCCAGACCUCCAUAUUGUUCUGUUAUUCCCAUGAAGAGAAGUUCCAUUUCUCAGGCUCACAUAUCAGCUGGAAGUGUCUUGCUUGCUUGUUAUUGUGCCCUUUUGUAGAAGAGGUUUUCUAUGCAAUUAAUCCAAAUGUUUUGAUUUGAUUUGCCUGUCUUUAGGUCACAUGGUCAUGUGAAACAUUUUAAUUAGGAGUAGAUAGGAUGGAUUAUGUCAGCACUCCUUUAGAGACACAACAUUUGUACACACUUUUCUUGUGGUGUUGUGUUUUCCAAAUAAGCCUGUCUGACUAGCAGAGAGGACUGUGGGACCAGAGGCACUACUAAUGACGGGAAGGAGGCGGAGAGGCAAUCAUGGAGGGAAGAUCAACAGUUUGAUUUCAAACAUUUGCCAAAGGUAGAUCUCAGAAACAAAGAAUGGACAUGCUAAAGUUCUUCACAAGAGUAACCUCUAGAACUACCACAAACCUCUGAUCCUAAACCAACCCCUUGCCCCUAGCAACUUGCUUGGUGUGCUCUCUGAUGAAGGGUCACUUUCAGAGACCCUUUCAGGACUGUGAAAACAAGGGGAUAGGGUUCAAAAUGGACCGGGAACUUAGUGUGUAGUAUAGGUUACUUAACACUCGUUGUUGAUGUUACUGACUGAACAAACCCAGAUCAAGACAUGACUGACAGAGAGCAAAAAAACAUUAUCCAGAAAUCCACAUUAUUCUGUUGUCAUACUUACAACCCUACAGUAUAUAACCCUUUUGAUACUAAUAUUAUAUGUGUACACUUCGGUUUAAUAUAAUGAUAUUUGAUAUUUGUUGAAGAAAAACAACUGGAAAAUUGUAAUAUUUAAGAUUGAGUCUUUCUCCUUCAAUUGCUGAAUAGAAUAAUCACAUAACCCUAUGAGCCAGCAGUUUGAUGAGUUUGUUCAUGCAUAUUUAUACCAUAAUAAAGUACCCACUGUGACUUUAAUUUCUUCACCUCAGCCAUUGUUGUGAAGGGGUUAAACCCAUCUGGAAGGGUAGGAUGUGAACAAUAGGGUUGGGAUCAAUCCAUUAUCCAUUCAGUAAUGUCAUGGAGUGAAUCGGAAAUUCAAUUAAACAAUUAAAAGCUGUCAUAUAUUUCAAAAAUAGAUUUGUGAAAUAGAAUUUCACUUGAAUUGACUGUAUGAUGCUGAAUUGACUGGAACGCCUGGUGUAAAACAUGUGUUGACUAAUCAGUUACUGUAAAUGUUUGCUAUUAGCAGAUAGUGUCCACAUGUCAUUUCAGACAAGUUGUUGUUUGUCCUGGUUCCUGUGAAUGAGCCAGGUAGACGUGACAUGGUGUUCUACAGCUCAGCUCUACACAAUCAGGUCAAGCUCAUGUUAAACCGUUAGGGAUCAAAACCAUCUGAUUAGGCUGUAUGCUGCCAUACCUGAUCUGUUGAUGUCCCUUUCUGUUCUCCACUGUUAAGAUGACCACUAGGUGUGUACACAGGAGUGUGAGUGUUUGUUUCAUAUAUUUGCACAGGAGCACUUGCGUUAGUGAGUUUUGGUCUGUGCAGAACAUUUUGUGUGUGUAUGUGUGCGUGCAUGUGUCUCCAAACACACUCUGCUCACACUAAGGGCUCUAUUCAAUCCAUAUCGCGGAAGUUCAGUGUUACAGCGUGAUUUAAAUUAAAAAGCAGUGUUCCCACGUUAACGGAGACUGCAUUCACAGUAAACGCUGCAUAUUUCAGCUCAAUGGGAAAUUACCUUUACAUUUCUAUCGCGCAGUCUGUAACACUUCAGUGAUACAGAUUGAAUACAGCCCUAAUUCUCUGUACACAGUUAGAUUUAGUCCUAAACAAAAAAUAAAACAUGAACAGCCUGUGA